AUGGCCUCCGAUGCAUUCUCAGACCCUAUUUUCCCUUCUCCAACCUUCAAUUCUCCUCUGUUUCCCGAACAAUGCCUCUUCUUGGUCGCAUUCUCUUUACAAGAGAAAUUUUUCUGCUUGGAGUCUAUCGGCAUCGACCUCUUCUCCCUCAUCAACCACUACCCUCUGAUCAUCUCCUCAUCUCUCGAAAACAUCAAAUCCAUUGUCAAUUUCAUGCUCUCUAUGGGUUUCAUUCCGCCUGAAUUCCGACGAAUCUGUGGUAUGUGCCCGGAGAUUCUGAAUUCCAGGGUGUCGCCACUGGUUGUACCAGCUAGUUUAUGAACUCUUUGCCGCUGGAAGGUGGUCAGAAGAGUUCAUCGGCCCAGAUUGCUCAUCUGUGACGUCAAGAAGCAACUCCGUCCGACUCUUUACUUCCUUCAAGGGAUUGGUAUAGCAGAGGUCGAUAAGCAUACUUUGUUGUUAUCUUGUAGUGUUGAGGACAAGUUCAUUCCGAGGAUCGAAUACAUGGAGAACAUUGGGUUUUCUUAUAAAGAUGCCAUUUCUAUGGUGAAGAGGUUUCCUCAGCUGUUGUGCUAUAGUAUCAGAGGCAAUUUCGAGCCAAAAUGUGAUUACUUUAUGGUGAAUAUGGGGAGAAAUUUGAAGGAAUUGAAGGAGUUUCUGCACUAUUUCUUGUUUAGUUUGCAGAAUAGGAAAAAACCAAGGCACCGAUCUUCCGUGGAGAAAGGGUUUUUCUUUCUCUCUUCCUAG